UCCACCCCAUUUUUCCUUUUCAUUCACACAUUUUCUCAAACGCCUAACUUAAUCUUUGAAAAAAAAAAAAAAAAGGUUCAUUUUAGUUUUUCUACUUUUAUUAUUGUUUUGUUAAAAGUUAAAAGCGAUCUAAAACGGAAAAAUAAAUAUACGAUUUAAAAAUUAAAAAGAAAUUUGAUAUUAAUUUUUAUUGGAAACGACAGUUUUUUUUUUUUAUUUUUUUCCUCCAAACCGAAAUACAAAAAUUUAACGGUCACUAACUGCCUUUUCCCAAUUUAUCAGUAAUAUAAAACCCUAUCGUCUCUUCCACGAACUCUGUGAAGGGUCCUUGUUCAUGGAUAUUCCCUCAACUCUAAGCCUUAAGAAUCUACCUCUUCUACCCAACCAGUUUCGAAUCACAGACCCGAAGGACUGGAACUUGAUUAUCAAGCACCACACCAAGCUUAACAAUGACCAUGCUAUUCUCACCACCUACACCCACAUGGAAUCUCUUGGCAUACCAGCCGACACUUCCACUCUACCUCUCGUUCUCAAGGCCUGUGCGAGGCUGAAUGAUGUAGACAGAGGCAGGAGGAUACAUUCUAGCAUCUGGAAUACGGGUUUGAGCUGCGAUGUUCGAGUUGGGACGGCGCUUGUCGACUUCUAUUGCAGAUGUGGGCUUAUUGAUGAUGCCCGCAAGGUAUUUGCUCAAAUUGGUGUGAGAGAUGUGGUUUUGUGGAAUGCUUUGAUAUAUGGGUAUGUUGGGUGUUGUUAUUUUGAGGAGGCAAUUUGGUUAUUAAUUGAAAUGGAAAGAGAGGGUCUAAAGCCAAAUUCGAGAACCGUUGUUGCUUUGCUUUUGGCCUGUAGGGAGAUUUUGGAAUUGAGAUUGGGACAGGAGAUACAUGGCUAUUGUGUGAGAAAUGGAUUGUUUGAUUUGGAUCCCCAUGUGGGUACUGCUUUGAUUGGUUUUUAUUUGAGAUUUGAUGUGAGAAUUUCACAUAUUGUAUUUGAUUUGAUGGUUGCGAGGAACACUGUGAGUUGGAAUGCAAUAAUUACUGGCUACGUUGAAAAUGGGGAGCACUUGACAGCUUGGAAGCUCUUUAUGCGCAUGCUUGUAGAUAGGGUUAAGUUUGAUUCUGUUACGGUAAUAGCUAUUAUUCAAGCCUGUGCAGAACUUGGAUUUCUAGAAUUAGGAAUGCAAAUGCAUCAGAUGGCUAUUAAAUCUGGUUACAGCAACAAUUUGUUUGUAGCAAAUGCAUUGCUUAAUAUGUACAGUGAGAGCGGAAGUUUUGAGCUAUCAUGUCAGUUAUUUGACACCAUCCCUAAAUACGAUGUUGCUUUGUGGAACUCCAUGAUAUAUGCAUACAUUGGAUAUGGUUUUUAUGAGGAAGCUAUGUUUUUAUUUUUGAAUAUGCAAGUGUUUGGAAUCAGAGACGAUGAAAGAACAAUUGCCAUAAUGUUAUCUUUAUGUGCAAAUUUAGCUGAUGGUAUGGGGAUGGGUAAAAGCUUACAUGCCCAUGCAAUCAAACGUGGGAUGGAAUUGGAUGUUUCUCUUGGAAAUGCAUUCUUGGGCAUGUAUGCUGAGCAAAACUGCAUUGAGGCUGCCAGAAAGGUUUUCACUGAGAUUAAAGGUCCAGAUGUUAUCUCAUGGAACACUUUGAUCAUGGCGUUGGCUUGUAACAAAUUGAGGAAUGAAGCAUGGAAUCACUUUGAGGAGAUUCAAGCAUCUAAAAUCAAACCCAACUCACACACAAUAAUAUCUUUGCUUGCUGCUUGUGAUGAUGAAACGUGCUUAAAUAGUGGGAGAGCAAUUCAUGGUUUUGCAGUAAAGCAUGAUAUUCAAAUUGACUUAUCAUUGAAUACCGCACUGACAGAUAUGUACAUGAAUUGUGGUGAUGAAGCAACAGCUAGAAGUCUCUUUGAGGCAUGUCCCAACAGGGAUGUGAUCUCGUGGAAUGCUUUAAUUUCUAGUUACAUUAAGAAAAACGAAGGCAAAAAAGCUCAAGAGCUUUUUAACCGAAUGAUUUCAGAAGUGGAACCUAAUUCUGUAACAAUCAUAAAUAUUCUCUCAUCUUAUACCAAUCUUGCUGCUCUUCCUCAAGGCCAAUGCUUGCAUGCUUACAUAACCAGGAGGCACUCCUCUUUCGGUGUGGACGUCUCGCUUGCAAAUGCUUUUGUGACAAUGUAUGCAAGAUGUGGCAGCAUGCAAUAUGCUGAAAAGAUGUUUAAAAAUUUACCAAGGAAAAAUAUCAUCUCAUGGAAUGCCUUGAUAACUGGAUAUGGAAUGCAUGGUCGAGCAUAUGAUGCUAUUUUUGCAUUCUUACAGAUGUUAGAAGAUGGUUUGAAACCAAAUGGUGCAACUUUUGUAGCUGUCCUAUCUGCUUGUAGACAUUUUGGACCGAUUGAGGAGGGAUUGCUGCUUUUUCAUACUAUGAUUCAGGAGUUUAAGAUUACACCAGAACUCGUGCACUAUGGUUGUGUGGUUGAUCUGCUUUGUCGUGGAGGACGGAUAAAUGAGGCCAAAGAGUUUAUUGAAUCAAUGCCAAUCAAACCAGAUGCAACUCUGUGGAGAGCUUUGCUCAGUGCUUGUAGAGUUAAUUCUGACAUAGAGUUAGCCGGAACCAUCUUUGAGAAACUUGUUGAAAUAGAGCCCAUGAAUGCAGGAAAUUAUGUUUUGCUAUCUAAUAUCUAUGCUGCAGCAGGUCUUUGGUCAGAGGUGAGGAAGGUAAGAAAAUGGCUCCAAGAAAAGGGAUUAAGAAAGCCUCCGGGAAUGAGUUGGAUUGUUGUUAGGAGUCAAGUUCAUUAUUUCACUGCAGGAGAUGUAUCACACCCUCAGUCACACAUAAUUUAUGAAAAUUUGUAUUCUUUGUUGGCAUUGAUCAAAGAAAAUGGAUAUAUUCCUGAUUUCCAUCAGGCUUUUCAAGACGAAGAGGAUUAGUCCAAACGCCGCUAAAGUGAUACAACAACGAUCAAGAUUAAACAUUGGAAAUCAUUCUCAUCCCAACUUGUUUCUAACUAGAUUGUAUAUGUAAUUCCAGUUGUGUAGUCCAUUAGUUUGUUUCUUUUUCACAUUAAUCAAUCCGCACAAAUAUUUUAGUAUAUAUGAUUAUGAUGUAAAAUUGUUGUUGUACUUUUAUCUGGUCACAAAUAAAGUGGGAAGAUUUUUUUUUCA